CGCUCAGACUCCGCGAGCCAGUCGCAAGCAGCGCGCGCGCACGUAGCGAUACUCGAACACGAACGACUCUCGCGAAAACAUUAUUUACAUGGCAAAAGUUUUAAAUAUGUGAUAAGAUUCCGCGUAUAAGAAUAUUUAAUCUCUACUUUUAAGAAUUAUUUAGCCACGAAUCUCAGUUUAAUUUGCAUUUGAAAAAGUGACAAAAUGACUAUAAAAAAUAAAAAGACUAAGUCCGGUACGUCUGAGGUGACAUCAUCUAAAAGUGCAUCGAGCAGUGUGCAGAAGAGCAGCACUUCGACUUCUGUUCAGAAAAGUAGUAAUACUUUACAGAAGGUCAGCUCUUCUGGUAAAAAGGUUCGCUACAUCGAUGUUAAGGUCGAACAACCUGACCCAUUAAUGAUAACAGACAUUAGCGAUCAUGCUUCUAUUAGCGGUUCUACUGUCUCUGAGCAUUACAACAGCCACCCGCACUACAUUAUUACGGAGGCCCCAUCUGUUUCUGAUUUGUCACAAACUAGAAUAUUGAAUGAAAAUCAAGUAAGUGACAUGGCUCAAUCUACUACUGGAGAAUUUGUUUCUAGCUCUGUUGUGCACCAAUCUUCCUCUACAUCACAGCACCAAACAUCUAGAAGUGAAAAUAUUCAGACAUCGUCAACUGUUGAACAUUCCGGUUCCAGUCAUAGCCAGACAUUUGACAGGACUGCUGAUUCUUCAUCUGCCAAUCAAACUCUAAACACUGCCUUUAUUGAUAGUUCAGGCAAUCAGUCUAACUCGAAGGGUUCAUUUUUGUCAAGGUCUCAAGGCGCUGAUGCUACUGAUUCUUUCAUUCAGUCCGAACGGCAAAAUUUAUCUAAAACCGGAUACAGUUCAAACAUGAAUAGCGACUCUUCAAAAGGCAAUGUGAACAUUCGCGGGAAUGAACGGCACAUGAAUAUUCCAAGUGAAAAAGUAAAUACCUUAAAAACGGAUCCAAACAAUUUCUAUGGGGGUGAAGGAACCCUAGAUAAGAAUAAAAAAACAAAUGAAUAUAGCAGUACAUCACAUUCCAGUCAAUCAAAGAGCAGUAAUGUUACAAAAUCAUCCUCAUCAUCUUAUGUAGUUGAAAUUGUUGAUGGAAAAGAACGUAUAGUUGAUAAAUCUCAAAGGGAGUGGGGCGAUGCAAAAGAACAUGCAACAAAUGAGGAAUAUGUUAGUGUCAGUGGGACGGAUAUUAAGCCGCAAUCUGCCUAUAGUGCCCAAAGUUAUGACAUGCAAUCAAAGUAUGAUUCUGGCAAAGAUGGAGCAAGACCUAUUAACGAAAUGACUGUAAGAGAAGAUUCGAAAUACGUUAAAGAUGGAAAACAACUGACCAGCCACGAAAGUGUAAUUUCACAAAAUGAUAACUCCAUACAACAACAGUUUACGUCAACGCAGAACCAGAUUACUUCUGAUGAUCAUUACAAUUCUCACAAUGCAUCUCAUAAUUUACAGAAUGUUCAAUCGAAUUCUGAAAAUACUAACUAUAACACAAUGCAUAAUAAAAACAUACAGUCAAAUACCUCCUAUUCUAAUAUCCAACAGAAAGAUAUACAAGAAAAUGUAUCAACUCAUCACGAAAACAGGAAUAAUCAAAUUUCAACAAAGCGUAAUGUUAAUCACACAGAUUCUUCUAACUUUUAUGGUUACGAUUCUACCAUACAAGAUCAACUUAGGAAAGUUGGAAAUAUCUUACAGGUUCCAAACACUGAAAAUAUAAACUAUUCAACUAAGAUACUGAAAAGUAACACCAGUAGUGCCCAGCAAGCAUCGUCAUCAUCUUAUGUUUUUGAAGUUGUCGAUGGAAAACAAAGAGUAAUCGACAGCGCACACAGAGAAUGGGGGGAUAGUAAAGAGCAUUCGACACAUGAGAAAAGUCAUAAUAUCAGUGGCACCGGUAUUAAACCAGAACAUGAAUAUUCGAGGCAAGUGUUGGAUAAAGAGUCUUAUUAUGACACUGGCAAAGAUGGUAUUCCUAAGAGUGCAUCUCAAAUAUCGGAAGAAUCUGCAAUGUAUAAGAAUGGAGUGGAAAUCGCUUCCCAGCGAAAUGUAUAUGCCAGUGAUUUAACUAAAAAACAAGCUAUUACUGAACACCCAUCUGAUUAUGCAGAAGAAAAGUACUUGGUAGAUGAAAAUAAUAGAAGACAAACAGAGAGUCAAAAUAUCAGGUCUGACAACGUAUCAACUUAUGCUACAGAUUCUGACAAUAUUAGAAAAACAACGGAGUUAAUAACUAAUGAAAAGCAAAAUAUAUCAAAAGAGAGUUCUUCGAAGACUACCAGUGAAACCAAAGAUACCCUGACAUCGUAUGAAAGAAGCACGGGCACAUGGAAUGGUAAAUUUACUUAUGAAACUGAAGACGACAGACCUAAACGUCCUAAGCAAGUUUCACCGUUUGGCAGAUCAGAACAACCACGGCACCACUUGAAACGUCAAGAUACAGAAGAAAAUAUUAUAAUAUCAUCUAGGGAUAUUAAAGAUUUCACCUCUAUAAGUGAUUUGCGCAAAAUCAUUGAAACAUCACAAACAAACAAGGAUGUUACAGUAAGCAACAAGAAUAUCGUGAUAAGGAGAAACAUUGAUGACAGGGUUUUGAAAGAAAUUCUAGAAACUGUGAAAAAGUAUCCAUUUAAAAGAAUUGAUAAAGUUACUUUUGGCACAAAGAUAAAUGAGGACGUUAAAGAUUUGUAUGAAGGAAUUGAUACCGAAGAAACGACCGUUUUAAGUACAACAACUGGAGAGAAGGUGAAAAAAUCAUUUGAAGUUGAUAAGACAAGGAGUCAAAUCGAAGUAACAAGAUACAUAACUGAAAAUGGUAUUACCAGGAAAGAAACAACAUAUGAAGAUGCGAAAGAAGAUGAUAAAGUCAAAACAGAUGUGUUUGUCGACAACAGCUCGUUAGACAUCAAAAACUUGAAGGAUGUCCGCACAACGAAAGAUGUUUACGAAUACGACGUGGUCGAUCACGCAACAACUAAUACCACACGCGAAAAUAUCGUCAGCUCCGUCUAUGAUGAGACCAUCAUAGAUGAUAGAAAAACAGUGCGAGACGAUACAACGGUCAUCCGCGAAAGAUACACCGACGAGACCAGACCACGUCCCGGUGGUCCAGGUGGUCCCAGGAAACCAGAAAAAGUCUGUAAAGAGCAGUGCAUCUGUGAGAUCUGUACUUGUGGGCACCACCGUUGCCCACACAACGAUGUCCCGGAGCCAUUGUUCGAUGUGGAGCAUACCACGAGCGUGGUUUCCGCGUACAAACAGGAUUAUGACGAGAAACAUGUCAGUCGAACAACAGCCGUUCAUCACGAAGAUCAUUUAUAUAUGGAAGGUGAUUUUCAAGAGCCGGAACGUCCUCAAUGGCAGCCCAUCGAACGGCGUAAGCCAACAAAGCCAGAAGACAAUCUCAAACCUGAAGGUGAUUUUGAGAAAAGGCAGCCAAACGAAUGGCGUCCUGGUGACCGGGCUCCUGUUCGACGCCCCGAAGACAACUUGAAACCGGAGGGUGAAUUUUCUACACCUGAAAAGGAACAAUGGAGACCUGCAGAACGACAACGCCCUAAAAAGCCAGAAGACAAUUUACGACCUGAAGGUGAUUUCGAAAAACGUAAGCCAGAUGAUUGGUAUCCAGGAGAUCGUGCCCCAGUCAAACGUCCUGAAGACAAUCUAAAACCAGAAGGAGAGUUUGAAAAGAGAAAGCCACAUGAAUGGCAGCCUGGUGACAGAGCACCUAUACGUCGACCACAAGAUAAUUUAAAGACAGAAGGUGAUUUUGAAGAUAGACAACCUGAAAAAUGGCAACCCGGAGAUAGGGCUCCAAUGAAACGACCAGAAGAUAAUUUGAAACCGGAAGGUGAUUUUGAGAAGAGACGGCCAGAAGAAUGGCGACCAGGAGACAGGGCUCCAACACGUCGUCCUGAAGAUAAUCUGAGACCUGAAGGUGACUUCACAACACCUGAAAAAGAAUCUUGGCGACCAGCUGAACGUCAGAAACCCAAAAAACCCGAGGACAAUUUAUUCCCAGAGGGUGAAUUUGAAGGUAGAAAGCCAGAGGUAUGGAGACCAGGUGAUAGAGCUCCAGUCAAGCGGCCAGAAGACAAUUUGAAGCCGGAAGGUGAUUUUGAAAAAAGACACCCUGAAAAAUGGAGUCCUGGAGAUCGAGCUCCAACGCGUCGUCCGGAAGAUAACCUUCGACCUGAAGGUGAAUUCACUAGACCUGAAAAUGAGUCAUGGCGUCCAGCUGAGCGUCCAAAACCUAUAAAGCCAGAAGACAAUUUACACCCGGAGGGAGAAUUUGAAAAGCGUAAACCUGAAGAUUGGCGUCCCGGAGAAAGGGCUCCAGUAAGGCGGCCCGAAGAUAAUUUAAAACCAGAAGGAGAUUUUGAGAAUAGGAGACCUGAAAAAUGGCAACCUGGGGAUAGAGCUCCAAUGAAGCGUCCUGAAGAUAAUCUUAAACCUGAAGGAGAUUUCGAAAAGAGACGGCCUGAAGAAUGGCAACCAGGAGAUAGGGCUCCUACCCGCCGGCCAGAAGAUAAUCUCAGACCAGAAGGUGAGUUCACCACACCCGAAAAGGAACCUUGGCGACCAGCAGAACGCCAAAAACCUAAGAAGCCAGAAGAUAAUUUAUUCCCUGAGGGUAAAUUCGAAGGUAGAAGACCCGAAGAGUGGAAACCAGGAGACAGAGCUCCAGUCAAGAAGCCAGAAGACAAUUUAAAGCUCGAAGGUGAUUUCGAGAAGAGACAGCCUGAAAAAUGGAGUCCUGGAGAUAGAGCUCCUAUGCGUCGUCCGGAAGACAACCUCAGACCAGAAGGGGACUUCACUACACCCGAAAAGGAACCUUGGCGACCAGCAGAACGACAAAAACCUAAAAAGCCAGAAGAUAAUUUACAUCUAGAGGGAGAGUUUGAAAAGCGUGAACCUGAAUAUUGGCGUCCUGGAGACAGGGCUCCAGUGAGACGACCUAAAGAUAAUUUAAAGCCAGAAGGAGACUUCGAGGAUAGAAAACCAGAAAAAUGGCAACCCGGAGAUAGAGCUCCAAUUAAACGCCCUGAAGAUAAUUUAAAACCAGAAGGUGAAUUCGAGAAGAGGCGGCCUGAAGAAUGGCGCCCCGGAGACAGGGCUCCUACUCGUAGACCUGAAGAUAAUCUAAGACCGGAAGGAGACUUUACAACGCCAGAUAAACAACUUUGGCGACCAGCAGAACGUCAGAAACCUAAAAAGCCCGAAGACAACUUGCAUCCAGAGGGAGAAUUCGAAAAACGUAGACCUGAUGAAUGGCAACCAGCUGAUAGGCCUAAACAAAAGAAACCCGAAGAUAAUUUAAGGCCCGAGGGUGAAUUUACUACACCUAUAAAAGAAAAAUGGCAACCAGCAGAACGGCAGCAGCCUAAAAAACCAGAAGAUAAUCUAAAACCAGAGGGAGUCUUCGAAAAUAGAAAGCCUGAAGAAUGGCGUCCAGCCGAUCGUCCUCAUCAAAAAAAACCAGAGGAUAACCUUAAACCUGAAGGGGAAUUUACUUCACCCGAAAAAGAAAAGUGGCAACCAGCAGAGAGGCCACAGCAGAAGAGGCCAGUUGACAAUUUAAAACCCGAGGGCGAUUUCACAACUGAGCGCUCAAUAACAGAUGAUUUCAAAGUUGUUACCGGUGAAAGGGCUAAAAUUAUUAAACGCAUUGAUAAUAUUAUUACUGAAGGAGAAUUCACAGAUACUACAACUUCUCGUAGCGAAUACUCAAUAAAGCCAAUAGAAAAACUAAAACCUGUACGAAGAAAUACAUGGACUAAGUUGGAAGGAGACAUGACAACAGAAACAACUUCACAGUCAGAAUACAUUGAUUUUACAGAUUCUGUAGAGAGAACAACUCUAGUAACAAAAAGAAUAGAUAACUUGAUUCAUGAAGGUGAAAUAGACUUCGUUACAUCAAAUCAAACAGAUUAUACGGAAAAAAAUACUGUCAUAUCACGGCCCCAAAGGCGACGCACAUGGACGAAAGAAGAUUUAGAAAAAUUCUAUUCAACUCAAAAUACAGAGACAUCAACUACAACUACACAAGAAGAAUAUAAGAUUCGUGAUGAACAAUGGCAUGAACGGCAACAACCUAAAAAACCUAAAGAUAAUCUAAAACCUGAAGGAGAAAUGGAAAAACCUAAAUUAGAAGAAUGGCGUCCAGCUGAACGUCAGACUCCGAAAAAACCAAAAGAUAAUCUUGUCCCAGAAGGUGAAUUUUCAACCCCAGUAAAAGAAGACUGGCAACCUGCAGAACGAGUAAAACCCAAAAAGCCUACAGAUAAUUUGUUUCCAGAGGGUGAAUUCACUACUCCCCAAAAGGAACACUGGCACCCAGCUGAGCGACCAAUACAAAAGAAACCUAAAGAUAAUCUUAAACCAGAAGGAGAAUUCCAACAGCCACAUCAAGAGGAAUGGCGGCCUGCUGAGAAACAAAUACUUAAAAGACCACAAGAUAACCUUAAACCUGAAGGUGAUUUUGAAACACCAAAACGAGAGGAAUGGCGUCCGUCGGAAAGACCAAAAGCAAACAAACCUGAAGACAAUUUAAAAAUAGAGGGUGACUUCACAACACCUGAGAAAACUAGAUGGACUCCAGCUGAACGACCUGUACAAAAGAGACCUCAAGAUAACUUAAAGCCCGAGGGUGAAUUUGCUCAACCCGUUCACGAAGAAUGGAAACCAGCAGAAAAGCGUAUUCAAACUAAACCACAAGAUAAUCUUAAGCCAGAGGGUAAAUUUGAAAAACCUAAGACCGAUGAGUGGCGUCCCGCAGAACGAGCUCUGCCAACAAAGCCAGAUGACAAUUUACGACUUGAAGGUGAAUUUGAAAAACGUAAACCUGAUAAAUGGAGUCCUGGUGAAAAAGCACAGGUACAACGACCCUCUGAUAACUUAAAACCGGAAGGUGAGUUUAUGACUCCUGAAAAGACACAAUGGCGACCGGCAGAACGACCCGUACAAACUCGGCCUAAAGAUAAUUUAAAACCAGAGGGUCAUUUUGAGCAACCAAAAGUAGACGAGUGGAAGCCUGCCGAUAGACAAACUCCUAUAAAACCCAAGGAUAAUCUUAAACCUGAAGGAGAUUUCAAGCGACCAGAGAAAGAGGAUUGGAAACCAGCUGAAAGACCGGUCCAAAUAAAACCACAAGAUAACCUUAAGCCGGAAGGAGAUUUCGAAGUACCAACACAUAAAGAAUGGCGGCCAGCUGAACGCCCAUCGCCAUCAAAACCUAAAGAUAAUUUAAAACCAGAGGGUGACUUCGAAAAACCAAAAGAAGAUAAGUGGAGGCCUGCUGAACGGCAAACUCCAAAGAAACCACAAGAUAACCUAUGGCCGGAAGGAGAAUUCGAAGUACCAACACAAAAAGAAUGGCGGCCAGCGGAACGGCCAACGCCAACAAGACCAAAAGAUAACUUAAAACCAGAGGGUGAAUUUGAAAAACCAAAAGAAGAUAAGUGGAGGCCUGCUGAACGGCAAACUCCAAAGAAACCACAAGAUAACCUCAGACCGGAAGGAGAUUUCGAAGUACCAACACAAAAAGAAUGGCGGCCAGCUGAACGGCCAACGCCAACAAGACCAAAAGAUAAUUUAAAACCAGAGGGUGAAUUUGAAAAACCAAAAGAAGAUAAGUGGAGGCCUGCUGAACGGCAAACUCCAAAGAAACCACAAGAUAACCUUAGGCCGGAAGGAGAGUUUGAAGUACCAACACAAAAAGAAUGGCGGCCAGCAGAACGGCCAACGCCAACAAGACCAAAAGAUAAUUUAAAACCAGAGGGUGAAUUUGAAAAACCAAAAGAAGAUAAGUGGAGGCCUGCUGAACGGCAAACUCCAAAGAAACCACAAGAUAACCUUAGGCCGGAAGGAGAGUUUGAAGUACCAACACAAAAAGAAUGGCGGCCAGCAGAACGGCCAACGCCAACAAGACCAAAAGAUAAUUUAAAACCAGAGGGUGAAUUUGAAAAACCAAAAGAAGAUAAGUGGAGGCCUGCUGAACGGCAAACUCCAAAGAAACCACAAGAUAACCUUAGGCCGGAAGGAGAGUUUGAAGUACCAACACAAAAAGAAUGGCGGCCAGCAGAACGGCCAACGCCAACAAAACCAAAAGAUAAUUUAAAACCAGAGGGUGAAUUUGAAAAACCAAAAGAAGAUAAGUGGAGGCCUGCUGAACGGCAAACUCCAAAGAAACCACAAGAUAACCUUAGGCCGGAAGGAGAGUUUGAAGUACCAACACAAAAAGAAUGGCGGCCAGCUGAACGCCCAUCGCCAACAAAACCAAAAGAUAAUUUAAAACCAGAGGGUGACUUCGAAAAACCAAAAGAAGAUAAGUGGAGGCCUGCUGAACGUCAAACUCCUAAGAAACCACAAGAUAACCUUAGGCCAGAAGGUCACUUUGAGACACCUACUAGAGAACAAUGGAGACCAGCAGAAAAGCCUGAAAUAAUAAAACCAAAAGACAAUCUAAAAACAGAAGGUGAAUUUGAAAAGCCAAAACUUGAUGAAUGGAAACCAGCUGAACGUCAAAAGCCAAAGAAACCACAAGAUAAUUUAAAACCCGAAGGCGAAUUUGAAAAACCGACGACAGAAAAAUGGCAGCCAGGUGAGAGACAGACACCUAAAAAACCUCAAGAUAACCUGAAACCUGAAGGUAAAUUUGAACGUCCUGACAAACCCAAGACUGCACCAAUUGGUGAGCGACCUGUUCAAAAGAAACCCGAAGAUAAUCUUAAACCAGAAGGCAAUAUGGAAGUUAUACGGCGAAAUGACUAUACAGCUACCAGAGGUGAUCGUGUCGAGGUUGUGAAACAUGAAGAUCAUCUUAAAAUGGAAGGUAAAAUGGACAUUCACAGAACAAGGGAUGACUAUAAACGCGUAGAAAAAACUGAGAAAAUAGUAAUUCAAAAACAUGAAGAUAACUUGCGUACAGAAGGCGAAUUUAUUGAUUUGCAUAUUCGAAAUGAUUACAAUGCUACGAAAGGAGAUAGAGCACCUGUUGUAAAGCCACAGGAUAAUUUAAAACCUGAUGGAAAAUUCUACAAGCCUGAAAUUAUUCCGUCCCAACCAGCUGAAAAACGAAAACCAUUUAAACAUGUUGAUAAUCUUAAAAUUGAACAUGAUCUAGAUUUACGUCAGAAAGUUGACAGAGUUGACAUUAUAAGAAGAGAAGACAAUUUAAGAAUUGAAGGCGAAUUUAUAGAUAUGAAACAAAAGAAUGAUUACCAAGUAGUUACUGGUGAAAGGUCAGCGAUAGUGAAACAUGAAGAUAAUUUGAAAAUGGAAGGCAAAAUGGAAAAUAUACGCUCUUCAGAUACUUAUCGUCUUGUAAAAGGGCAAAAAGUGAAAUUAACGCGCCGUGAAGAUAACUUGAAAAUUGAAGGAGUUUUUGAAGAUCUUUCGCGUAAAAAUGACUAUAAUAUAAUUAAAAGUAGUAAACCAGUGAUUAAGAGCAUUGAGUAUGAACCACAUAAUGGUGAACCACGACAACUCACAAAAAUAGACCAGACCAAUGUAGAAAACAGAAACACACAUCUUACCUCAGUACAACAUACAACUUCGAAUCAAAGAAUUGACACUGAUGAUCAGCAAAACUAUACUUAUCGACAGAGUCAGGGAGGUCCCGGGGAACUACACCCUAAACCUAAUGACCGACCUGGCUCACGAUCCAGACAGCCUUCCUCACCAAAGCCUCAGGAAAAUCCAUCUGAACCGUACUCUCAAAAGCCGUCUCAUAGAAUGAAACCUGUGGAAGAUCAAACCGAUAAAUCAAAGUGGAAGCCAACUGAUUUUUCAACACCAAUUGAUAAAACAAGUAAACCAACAUUUAAAUCUCCUACAGAAGGUAACCGCGAAAGCCCUAAUAGACAAGAUAGGCAUUCCCAUGAAAGACAAGUUGUUGAUUCAGAUACAACUCACAACACAAGGAAAAAUCAAAGUGAUACACAUAUUCACACUAGCAAUGUGACGGAAUCUAGGCUUAAUACUGAAAGUCAUAAUCAUUCUAAUCGCAUACAUAGGGACGAAAUAGAUGUUAACAGAACUCAACAAAAUCAUCUACAGAAUGUGCAACAGCAAGAAAAUCAUUUCCAGCGGCAUCAACAUCAUGAAAACCACAGUCAAUACGCUCAGCAUCAUCACGGAGCUACGACAAAACAUGAAGUUAUACAGUCACACGUCGAUAACUCUACUUACCGUUCAGAAGAUGUGAAGCAUUCCAAAGUCUUGAGUCAAGAUGAAAGGAAUAUUAGACACGGCAGUGUUGAUCGCAUAUCGUCGACGAGUUCAGUCGAUCAAAAUAAAAUAAAUCGUACUUCAGGUUCAAUAACUAAACAGAAUGACAAAAAUAUGAUUAAUAAGAGCGAUUCCAGAUUAAUCAAAAAUACGACAACAUCUUCAACUUCUACAAAAACAAUGAAACAAGUAACCGAAAAGAAAUUAAGAGGGGGUAAAUGGGUAAAUGUAACUAUGAUGGUUGAAGUAAAUAAUAUUACUGCCGACACGGGAAAAUCACAUCCCAUAUAUUCUGAACCUCAGCAUGCGCCUGGUUUAAAAACAGGUGUAAGCGGGAAUACAGGUAGGGUGAUUUCAACGGAACAAAGUAAUUCUUCGUCAAAUCAAUUCCAUUCUUCACAGAAGAAUCAAUACAAUCGUAAUCAUAGCGAUGUAUUAAAUACAACAUACUCUAUAAAAGGCACGACUGAAUCUGACAAUAUCCGACAUCAAAGGCAAAAUGUUACCAACCAGCAGCAACAUGAGAAUAUUUCGUCAUCCAAACAAGUUUCUAGCUCUACGAAACAAAUUAAAUCUACACAUAUCAGCGACAACAGUUCUCAGAUCUCUCAAACAUCUCGGAGCGUUUCAGAUAUACGUAGUGGAGAUCAAAUCCUUGGAAAGCAUAUAAUACAUGAUAAAAGUGAUACUACGAGGAAUAUCAAUAAUCGUGGAGGAUCUGGUCACCAACACGACAACCAAACAUCAACAAUACAUGAUAAAAGCGACACUACGAGGAUCAUUAAUAAUUCUGGAAGAUCUGGUCAUCAAAACGACCAUCAAACAUCAACAAUACACGACAAAAGCGACACUACGAAGAUUAUCAAUAAUUCUGCAGGAUCUGGUCAUCGACACGACCAUCAAACAUCAACAAUACACGACAAAAGUGAUACUACAAGGAUUAUCAAUAAUCGUGGAGGAUCUGGUCAUCAACACGACUAUCAAACAUCAACCAUACGAAAGGGUGCAAAUGUUUCCACUGAAAGCCACGAACAUAACACAAAGCAUAUUCACGUUUCCAAUCAAAACCAUACAGUAAAUAGAAAUCACUUAAGCGACAGUGUAACUAAAACUAGCGUUGAGUUCCAAAGAGCUAUGCAUGGUGGGGACAAUUCGCUUUCUCAACAAGAUCACUCCAAUCGAAGUGGAUAUCAUAAGCGUACUUCCGACUUUAUAUCCGAUGCCAACUCCAGUAACGCUGUUCUUCAUCGCAAAGGUGUUACUUCAAAUACAGAAGCAUAUCACACUACAAGUUCUACCGCAGCAGCACAACGGAAAAGUAUCAGCAAUUUGUCAGAGCGUGGUGAAUAUAUAAGCAAUUCGACUCAAAGCGCAGACAGGAAGAGUAUCAGCUCAAUGCACAGAUCGGCUAGAGACAACACAGCCGUUACAUCUCAGCACACUGAAAGUGUCGAUAAUCGACGUCAACAACGACGGGACGGGCAAUCCACGUUUGUUACAGAGAGACAACCUCGUGUCGUAAUAAAAGAUAAUCUACACGUUGGCGGUGAGUUUUAUGGUCAAUCAGAAGCCCGCUAUGGAAGCUUUUCUAAAUCGCAAAAUGCUCAAAAGAUUGACCGAUCCGAACAUAUUGAAAGAGUUGAGCGACAAUCGCGACAUGGAUCAAAUUCACAUUUCGUUCUCGGAGAUGGCAGUGGAACAUUCUAUAAACAAGAAUUUAGGGGCCACGUACAUGGAACGUGUCCCGCAACGUUGUUAGAAUCUACGCGGACUCCGUAUAAGCACUCUCGUGAUUCUCGGGAACACAAGUUCUACACUGAAAAAAUAACAGAGAAAAAAUCGUUAUCGUAAACGUUUUAAAAUGCAGAAAACUAUUAACUUUUAUAAUUUUAUUUUUUUAUAUUUUACCAUUCCUUAUUAUUAUAUCCUUAUGCUUUGAGUUAAAACCGCGAGUUAAUACUAAUUUUAAGAAUAUAAUGUGCCUUUAACUAAACUUUUAAACAAUGUUUAAAAUAAUAAUGUUGCGAAUUUUUAUAUAAUUUAUGACAAUUAAGAUAUUUAUAACAAAAUGCCAUGUAAUAAAAUCGUUAUAAAAU